AUGGAAAUGUAUUUCAUGACGCUGAGUAUGGAUGUUCUGCAUAUUACACCUCAAUCAGCAGGCUCGAUCCCAUUCUAUAUCGCCGAACACGAUGAACCGAACACCCAAGUCGUCAUUGUCGAUAACCACCCGGACGGACCAUAUUUCGAUACGUGGUCACUUUUCACAAAGAAGCCGGUUCUCCGUUCUAAUGAUCUCCCGGAAAACACAACCUUUGAAAAUCCCAUCGCCGCUUGCUGGUGCAGGAAUAUGCUUUGUCAGGGUGACUGGGAGGUCAACUCUUGCGAGAACCCAGAACUUUUAAAUACGUUUGCCAAUCGGGCUUUGAACUUGUACGGGUUGAAUGACAUCAGACCGCAAGGGACUAAGAACAUCACUUUGACAUUCAUCAACUGA